CAGACCGGCUGGAAAAACUUGCGACCGAAGCCUAAAAGUUAACUCCAACAUUUGCCAAAUAUUCAUCAAAUCAGCUUCACCAAAUCAAUAAAUAAUUAUCUUCCAUUUCACAAUUUCACAAUGCGUCCACGACUUUCAAUACGCAGAAUACCUUUUCUUCGACCUUUUCGGCCACCCAAUACAACGUCACCACGCUUCUUCACACAAAGUCUCAACCCGGGUUUUUCCCAAUCUCUCACUCGUACAACCUUUCGCCGUCCUACCCCUCGUCCUCAAUUACCUUACCUCUCUUCUACCCAUCGCAAACCUCCCGUCGUUCGAUACAUUUCCACUGAAACCAAAAAAUGGCUAAGAUCUGAAUUCAUCAAAGCGGGUAAAUAUAUAAUAUUCAUCUAUGUUGGUGUUAAUUUGUUCUUAUUUGUGGCAUGGGGAAUCCAUCAAGAAUGGCUCAAUCACAAAUUCCCUAGCCCGGGGGAAUGGAGGUGGAGAACGAGGGUCAUCUAUAGAAUGACUAUGGAUAAUGAGGAAGGAGAAGAAGGAUUGGAGAGAUUGAUUCCUGUCAACUGGCAGAAUCUGGGCAUAGGAUAUCGGGAGCUUUUGGAAAGGCUAGAGGAUCCGAAACUGGAUGGAAAAAGCAUAGAAGAACAGGAUGAGGGAGGAAUCUUGGUUACUGGAGUAGGCAAGGCUGGUUAUGAUAUCACAAAGAAGUCAGAGGAAUGGAGAAGAGGAUAUUAUGGGGUUUUGAUGGGAGCGGCGAAUACAGCAGAACAUUUGGAUGAUUGGGUUAAUGAUACGACGAGAGAUAUAUGGUUUCCCAAAAACCAAAUGCGUGGUCCAUCGAAUCCAAAACCAAAACCAAUCAAAGUUGGUUCACCACCUCCGCCGAAGGAGGAAAAUUGCGUCAAGGCUUACGAUCCGCCGGAGAAAUUCUACAUGCGUAUACUUACCACGAAAGGGUUUAACGAAAAGCAAAAGGUAGAUGCAGCUUUGGCAUAUGCUGCUUGGUUGGAUUUUAAGAAAGCCCCAGAAGCAGCUAUGGAAAUGUAUAAAUGGGCCAUCGAUAUUUCGACUUCUUCGGACUCGUCAUCUCCAUUGAUUGAUCCUAAUACCCAUACAUUAAAUGUUAACGCAGGCCUACCAUCUGAAAACUUGUUGAAUACAAGCACAGCACUUGCAAUUCACCACGCAACAAAUUCUAAUAUCUCGAAAUCUCUGCCCAUCUUUCUUUCAAUUCUCAGAGCAAGGAAGAAUCUCCCAGCUCCAAAGGAAUCCAUGAUUGAUACACUCAUCACGAAUGACGAAGAACUACCAAUGUGGAAGACUGUGUGGAAGUUCCUCAAAGAAACCCUCUCACCACCCGCUUAUCCACCUCCUCCAUCUGAUGGCACAUCUUCGCCUUUGCGCACUCCUAAAGAACUUUGCGAGGAAGGGAUCCUUAUGACAUACAUCGGAGAGAUUCUUUAUACCUCUAACGCCGGUAUAAAGAGCAAAGAAGAUGGCCUGGCUUGGACAAGAGAGGCGGUUGAUAUAUCGGAAGUAGAAUUAAGGAAGAGAAGGGGUUUAGAUAAGGAUUCGAGGAAGGUCUGUAAGUCAUGCCUAGAAGUCGCAUUGAGCAAUUGGCAGAAGAUGGUUAGAAGUCUAGCGGAAGACGAGAGACUGAAGAAAGCCAACGGAGAGAAUGCUAAGAGUGGAUGGUUGGGAUUCGGAGGAAAGGUAGAGACAACUGGACGAUGGGAGGCAGAAGAGAGUGUAGUGAGCGAUAGGAUAAAGAGGGCAAAGGAUGUGCUACCUGAAAGGAGAAUUGGAGAAGUGGAGGCUCGGAGACCACCACCUCCUAGUACAGGAGGUAGAACAUGGUAAUGAUGUGGAUUGAAAUUAUCACUUGACUAGUUUGUCUUGAUGUUAAUUUACGUGUCUAUCUUAUAUCCCCGAAAGCAUUGAUACUGCUCUCGAAACCCAGCUGGUACUUAUCCAUAUGAAAGACUGAUCAGUCUCCAACUCUGAUACCGUAGAUGGAUGGUUUUACGUGGAGACCUCCAUCCAUAGCAUAUCCAUUUCAUUGAUGAAUUCGAAACGAUGUAACUGUUCUUUGUCUGUCAGGUUUAACACAAGAAAUUUCUUUCAACAUCAUGUUUCUAAAUUGACUGACCAAUGAUCCUAUGGAAGC